UCCGUUCCACUUCGUCGCACUUCGCUACGAUUUGCUACCUUUCGUUGGAGUUACUUCCCCAUUUGCGCGCGCGAUGAAGAGGCUCCUGCUACUGCACCCCCACGUGGGUAGUGGCGGUCUCCAAGCGCAGGAACCAUUUUCCCAAGUACGCAGAUGGAAAAAGUACAUACCCUUUUAUGAUGUCAAAAAGAGGUACAAGGAAAAGGCGAGGGGUGAUGAGGCAAGGAGUGAAGUGGCGAGGAGUGAUGAAGCGAAAGAGGUGAGGGGGGUGGAAAAUAUGAACGCAAGCCAAGUUGGUGGAGACGAUACACAGUCCAGUUUGGCUGAGCAAAGAAAUGGAGAGACGACUCAACAGCUUGGGUGCGAAAAUCUCGUCCCCCCAGUGUCCCCUAUGAAAGGGCUAAAGCUCCUCCUAAGCUGUAGACAUAUGCAGAGCGGCUACCCUCACAGGGGUGAUGCCUCCCCCAUGGAGGAGAGUACCAUCCACAAGGAGGAAAGCACCAACCAGAAGGAGGAAAAAAUUAACUUCAAUUUAAUCAUCAAAAUUGAUAUCAAAAGAGAGUCCCUGAGAGGCAUGUGUAACCUUACUCACAGUGUCGACAGGAACAAAAAAAUACUCGUUCUAGUCGAUGAAGACCAUCAGACCUUAAAGAAAGCUGGAGCAGAUUAUGUAGGGUUAGAAUAUAUUAACAAAAUAAAAAACGGAUGGCUCGAUUUUCACAUAUGUCUCUCCGAUUUUAAAAAUAUUAAUAAAAUUCUCCCCGUUGCAAAGAUAUUAGGACCGAAGAAAUUAAUGCCUAACGUUAAGUCCAAUACGUUGGUACACAACUUGGUUGAUGCCAUCCUGUCCAUAAAGAGUGGGAACAGAAUUGAGUACCGAAGUGAACAGGUAGACACAGAGACGUUUGAUUUGUUUAAUCACAUCUACCAGUUUAGGAAUGUCCAUUUGGGUUCUAUAGCUAGCUUGAAUGUAAAUAUUGCAUCUACCGAGAUGAACCCGUACGACACGCUCGAAAAUAUGAAAUGCUUCGUCACCGAAAUUUUGAAGUGUAAUAUUCACUCGAGUCACAUGGAGAAGGAUGCGAAGGCUAACUUCACGUGGCCACCUGUCACUUGCAAGAGGAAGAAGAAAAAGCUGAUGCACGUGCAGGGAGGCAAUCCCCUCCUGGUCGGUGGGGAGCAUCAGCACUCCGAGUCCUUCCUCCUUGGGGCCUACGUCACUGUGCCUGGCGUUCCAAAAAUAUUUCUACACCCGCACCUGCUGCUCCCCCACUCGGAGGGCUACUCCGUCUA